AUGUUUGGCUCAAGCGAGUCACAUGGGGUGACGGCAGCGGGCGAUGCGGUCAAGAACCCGGACGUCAAGUCUCCUCUGCGGCCCUUCCAUUUCACGUUUUCCUUAGAUUCCAAGUUACCUGGGCGUUGCUUUAAGCUGUACGAGGAGUCCUUCCCCGGCUACCGCACCAGCUUCUGCCUUCCGCUCACCUCCGAGCGCCUAUGCCGCCGACUGCUUGUAUCGGAGUCGACGACGACGACUGAGGGCGUGCAGCCUGUGCCGGCGCUGUGGUCGCUCAUCCUCCCGCUACGCAGCUCGGGUGUGAACGGAACACGCUGGGAGUACCACACGCGGCUCAUGGCCAACCGUAUCUACAAUUACGUGGUGUACCAGGUCGGCAUCGGAGGAGCCGGCGUGCUGCUGUACGCUGACCGCAUGACUCGAGCUGGCUUGGAUCGGGUGCCGCGUAUCGCUGCACUGAUGGCCAAGGGCCGCCUCGUGGUGGUGGCCUGGGACAUGGCGGAGAGGUCGCCACUGGGUUACAAGUACGACCAGGCGCUGGUGGCCAGCCAUGCACUGCUGGGCCUGUCAUCCUGCGGCCCCGGGGUGAUGCUGCUGCUGGCCGGCAUAAACGAUUACCUCUACUCGGCCUUUGGACACGGCUGGCCGUCCAUUCAUGCAUGUUUAAUUCGGGAUGACCCACGGGUCACUGUGUUCCGCAUCCAGCGAAUCGCCGUGACUACCUCGCGCAUGGAUCCGCACCGAGAGGCGGUCUGGUGGGCGCUGCCGGCGCGCUCUCUGGCGCGUCAUCCCAUCAUGGCGUACGAUAUGAUGGGCCGGGAACCUAUGCGACCGGAUCUGGCCAGGGUGCUGGCGGCGCCUGCGGGCCGCGUGGUAGAUAUCUACGCGUACGACGGCCUCGCGAUGUACGACACCGAUAAGCUUGCCAGUGCAGGAUGUGGGUUCCUCCUUCACGUGGCGAACUACUGGUGGCCGCAUUCUGGGGCUGUGUUGGCGGCCACGGGGGGGGUCGGCGGUGGCGGUGGCGUUGGAGGCAUGGACAGCUUCGAAAGCCUUUUUCACUCGGAUGAAUCGGAGUUUGGAGAAGCUGGGCGAGGACGAGCUGGCGGUGGCGGAGAUAACGCUGACGGCGGCGGCUUGGGGGGCGACACCGACGCUAACUACACACGGUUCAAGAUGUGGCCGGCAUGGGCGACGAACAGCACCCCCCAAGGAGAGGGUUCAGGGGCAAUGACGCUGCCGGGGCUGCUGGCAACUGGCAGCGAGGUCGGAAGGACGCAUUCAGGAGGUGCGUUGCGGCACGACGGCGGGGACGGCGGCGACAUCGACGGCAAUGUUGGUGGGAGUAACGGCCAUCAGGGCGGUGGCCGCUCCGCCGUCGGAGGUGACGGCGGCGAUGGCAACGCAGCCGUGACGGGAGGGCUAGACGUGGGUGGCGGUGGAGCAGCUGCCGCGGCAGCGGCGGCGGCGGCAGCGCUGGCGGCAGCUCAAAGCGCAGCAGCAGCGAUGGGGUCCGAAGCAACAGGAGGCGGUGGCAGCGAUUCAUAUGCGGGGUCCCUUAUCGGCAGCGGGAGCGCUGAUGAUUCCGCUGAUGGGGGCACGGAGAUCGCAGCUGAUGCCGACCGCUGGGCAGCACUGGCGGCGGACAAGGCCAAAGAGGCGCGAGCGGCGGAGGCGGCCGCCGCGGAGGCGGCAGCUACCGGGUCAGGAGGAGGAAACGCCAACACGGGGUUGAAUGAGGCAGGGGCAGCUGGGAUGGGUGCCACCGACGAGGGGGCGACCGCCACAGCUGCGGCACCUGCUGCUGUCAAGAAUGCUGAAUGA